GUAGUAGUGAUUGCAAUUGUGCGAGAGGUUGAAAGAGUGUGAAACUGAACUCGGUGUGUUUGACUGUGUUGGAGGCGAAAGAGUAAAACGUUAUUUAUACAAAAAAAAAUUGAUGGAAUGUUUGUCAACUUUGGUCCAUUUUGAAGAGUGAAGAGAGUGAAUAGAUUAUCAAAUUACCUACCUAAAAUAAGCUAAAAAAAUGGCAACAUUAGCACAUCAAGCAGCUGCCUUGUUGGAUUUCAACAGAAAGUUGGAUAUAGGUCUGUUGGAUAGCGUCGUUGUAAGUAUGUACGCGGGUAAUGGUGAGACUCAAAAGAUGGCUCAAGAGGUUCUUACGACACUAAAAGAGCACCCGGAUGCAUGGACGCGCGUUGAUACGAUUUUAGAGUACUCAACGAAUGCCCAAACGAAAUACUACGCCCUUCAGAUUUUGGAGCAGGUUAUAAAGACGCGAUGGAAAGUGUUACCUCGGAAUCAAUGCGAGGGAAUUAAAAAGUACAUUGUCGCCUUGAUAAUCAAAACGAGUUCGGAUCCUUUAUCUCUGGAAGCUAAUAAAACGUAUUUGAGCAAGUUGAACGUGAUAUUGGUGCAGGUUUUGAAACGGGAGUGGCCCAAGAAUUGGGAACAAUUUAUUCCGGAAAUCGUGGGAGCAAGUAAAACGAACGAAGCUCUGUGCCAGAAUAAUAUGUGUAUUUUGAAAUUGUUGAGCGAAGAGUUGUUUGAUUUUUCAACGGGACAAAUAACGCAAACGAAAGCGAAGUAUUUAAAGGAUACAAUGUGCGCGGAAUUUUCCGCAAUUUUCCAUUUGUGUCAAUUUGUUUUGGAGAACUCUCAAAAUCCGCCAUUAGUGAACGCGACCUUAGAAACACUAUUGCGCUUCCUAAAUUGGAUCCCGCUUGGUUAUAUUUUCGAAACAAAACUGAUAAAUACGUUAAUAUUUAAAUUCCUACCAGUGCCGAUGUUUAGAAAUGUUACUUUAAAUUGUUUAACAGAAAUUGCGGGGGUAACGGUAAAUAAUUAUAAUGACGCUUUUGUUACUUUAUUUACACAAACGAUGACCCAAUUGGAAACAAUGUUACCCUUAAAUACGGAUAUUAGAAAUGCGUAUCAACGUGGACAAGAUCAGGAACAGAAUUUUAUACAAAAUUUGGCAUUGUUUCUUUGCACGUUUCUUAAAGAACACGGCAGUUUAGCCGAAACAAACACUCCCGUUUUAAGAAAUGCCUUGCAUUAUUUAGUAUUAAUCUCCGCUGUUGAUGAGGUUGAAAUAUUUAAAAUAUGCCUCGAGUAUUGGAACAAUUUAAGUUCCGAACUCUAUCGCGAAGUCCCUUACACUUGUACAACACCAUCUUAUUAUACUACACUUUCCGGAAGACGUUUACUUUAUCAAGAAGUUUUAAAUCAAGUUAGAUAUAUAAUGAUAUCGCGGAUGGCAAAACCGGAAGAAGUACUUGUCGUUGAAAACGAUAAUGGCGAAGUUGUACGCGAAUUUAUGAAAGAUACCGAUUCAAUUAAUCUUUAUAAGAAUAUGCGAGAAACUUUGGUUUAUCUAACUCAUUUAGAUUACGCGGAUACGGAAAGAAUAAUGACAGAAAAAUUACAAAAUCAAGUAAACGGUACCGAAUGGUCAUGGAAAAAUUUAAACACCUUAUGUUGGGCUAUUGGGAGUAUCUCUGGGGCGAUGCACGAGGAGGAUGAAAAACGAUUUUUAGUUACCGUUAUUAAAGACUUAUUGGGUCUUUGUGAGCAGAAACGCGGUAAAGAUAACAAAGCGAUUAUCGCAUCGAAUAUUAUGUAUGUGGUUGGUCAAUAUCCCAGAUUUCUGCGAGCUCAUUGGAAAUUUCUUAAAACUGUCGUCAACAAAUUAUUCGAAUUUAUGCAUGAAACGCACGACGGCGUACAGGACAUGGCCUGCGACACUUUCAUUAAAAUCGCCCUUAAAUGUCGUAGACAUUUUGUUACUACACAAGUCGGUGAAAAUUGUCCGUUUAUUGAAGAUAUUUUAUCUACAAUGUCUACAAUUAUCUGCGAUUUACAACAACAACAGAUACACACGUUUUAUGAAGCUGUUGGUUAUAUGAUUUCAGUACAAGUUGAUAAUGCUACACAAGAGAUGCUUAUUGAAAAGUAUAUGGCUUUACCAAAUCAGGUGUGGGACGAAAUGAUUGCAGAAGCAAGUCAAAACGUAAACUGUUUAAAAGAUCUUUCAGUAGUAAAACAAAUGGCUAACAUACUAAAAACGAAUGUACGAGCUUGUAAAGCGCUCAAUCAUGCCUAUGUGGUACAAUUGGGCAGAAUUUACUUAGAUAUGCUAAAUGUUUAUAAGGUUAUGUCUGAAAACAUCACACAAGCAAUAGCAAUGAAUGGGGAAUCUGUAACAAAACAACCACUAAUCAAAGCGAUGAGGGUGGUGAAAAAGGAAACGUUAAAACUAAUCUCGGAUUGGAUACAUCGAUCGGACGAUUAUGGAAUGGUGCUAGAUAACUUUAUACCUCCCCUAUUGGAUGCCGUUUUAAUUGAUUAUCAAAGGACAAUGGUGCCGGCUGCUCGUGAGCCAGAAGUACUGUCUGCAAUGGCAACGAUAGUUAAUAAAUUAGAAAAUAGAAUAACAUCAGAGGUUCCGAAAAUAUUUGAUGCAGUUUUUGAAUGUACUCUAGAAAUGAUAAACAAAGAUUUCGAAGAGUACCCUGAACACAGAACGAAUUUUUUCUUACUCCUCCAAGCGGUAAACAACCAUUGCUUCCCAGCCUUUCUCAGCAUACCUCCCGCACAAUUUAAACUGGUCUUAGACAGUAUAAUUUGGGCGUUUAAACACACCAUGCGUAACGUCGCCGAUACCGGUUUACAAAUUUUAUUCCGACUAUUACAAAACAUUGAAGAACAAGCGCCUAUUGACGAACAUGCGGUUUCUAGCUUUUAUCAAACGUAUCUCACGGAUAUCCUUCAGCACGUAUUUUCUGUUGUGACGGAUACUUCGCAUACACCUGGAUUAGCUAUGCACGCGACAAUUUUAUCAUACAUUUUCUCAUUGGUCGAGGCGAAUAGGAUAAACUGCCAGCUAGGACCGCCUGGAACGGAUAAUGUUCUAUAUAUACAAGAGUUUACAGCAUCUUUGUUAAAGGGAGCUUUUCCGCAUUUAACAGUUAAUCAAAUUAAGAUUACUGUACAAGGGAUGUUUAAUUUGAAUCAGGAUAUUCCGGCGUUUAAGGAACAUUUACGGGACUUUUUGGUGCAAAUUAGAGAAUACACUGGUGAAGAUGAUUCAGAUCUAUUUUUGGACGAACGUGAAAAAGCUUUACAAAAAGCUCAAGAGCAAAAGCGAAAAGUGCAACUUUCAGUGCCCGGAAUACUAAAUCCGCACGAAGUUCCCGAAGAAAUGCAGGAUUAGCCGCUUAGUUAGCUUUGUUACAUUAGCCAGGAGAGUAAAACUGAAUUCUGACCUAGACGAUAAUAUGAUAUUUUUGUAUUCUUACCUUACUUGGAAUAUAAUCAUCCGAUAAUCCUAAUACACAAUGCAGUUCCGGUGCAAACUAAAAUUUCGUGCAAACAGAAUUAUUAAUUCAAAAAAAAUAAAUAAAUGAGUAGAAGAGUUCGAAUUAGGUUGUUGUGGCACUUUCGGGGUAAUAAGAGUUAUGUUGUUUAUUCAUUUUUAAAAUUUUUUUUGAAGUUCGUUUAAAAUAAAAUUGGAAUUGCUGGACUGCGUUGUUUCACGCGUAAAACACACACACCUUUUUUUAUCCCCCCCGUUUGAUGUAAUAAGAGUCCUAACGUUUUAAAAAAGUGUUACAAAUAAACAAAAAAAAUUAAAUAAAGGUGAAAAACUAACGUUA